AAACUUACGAACAUAUAGCGUUCACGGGCGGCGCACGACGCACGCUCGCGCGGUUCAUUAAAAAUUAAAUAUUUCUUUCGUUUUUGAAUUGCGAAUUUAAAAGGACGUGUAUUUUAAUAUAUAGUUUUAUUAAAUAAAAAUGGAGAAAUAUCAAUUAUUGAUCUUCUUAUUCAUCGCUGUGGUUGCGCCGACAUCUUCAAAUUCAAAUGUUUUUGGGGGGCACUGUUCAAAACAGGACGACGAUGUUGACGCAUGCUUAUUAAAAAGUUUCAACAAUCUCAUCGAACAUCUCAAGAGUGGAGCGCCCGAACUAGACAUUCAACAGUCGGACUCAAUAGUCAUCGAUGAACUGUCGAUCGCUCUCGGCGGCGGCCCCGACGGCUACAAAGCAACGUUCAAAGACAUCAACGCCAGCGGUGUCGACGACGUCACUAUCACAAAUGUCAGGUCAGAUCUGGACACGUACCAGUUCCAGUUGACGCUCUCCAUACCACACAUCAGCACAACAGCUCGAUACCGUUCCUCAGGCAUUCUGUUACUCGUACGAGCUUCUGGCGGUGGAGAUUACUGGGGCGAAUAUGAAAACGUGAAAGCAAAAGUAUACUUCCGCGGUGAGCCGUACGAGCGUAAGGGCAAGACUUACCUUAAGUUGAAACAGCUCAAGCUGGACUUCUCCGUCAAGGACAUCAAGAUGGGUGUAGAAAACUUACAAAACAGUAACUCUGUGCUACAAGCAGCACUGAACCUGUUCAUUAAUACAAACGCUCAGGAGUUGCUGAAGGAAAUGAAGCCGCAAUUGAAGCGAGACCUCGCCGAAAAGAUGUCAGGAUUCUUAAACAGAAUCCUAGAGAAAAUACCUUACGACGACUGGAUUGUAGACUAAAUACACUACUAAAUAUUCAAUUUAUAUACUAUUAAAAAUUUCUGAUUACGAAGCAAAUUUUUGAGUUACAAUUGUACAAACUUUACAAAUAUUACAUUUUUAUUUUACGUAAUAUACGAUUUUUAAUAAAAUCUUAUAAAAUAGAUUAAAGUUACGAUUUGUGGUAUUAGGUAUUAAAAGUUUAUAUAAGUGAACGCAAUUUACAAUUUUUCACAGCGUGUUAGCAAUUUACAUUUGCAUUGUGAGAAAUUAACAUAAUUAAUUCCAAUUUUUCCUUUUCAAAAUGUAAUUGGUUUCUUUUGUUUUCAUAAACGGAGUAAAAUUUUGGAUUAACGUAAUUAAAUUA